CGCGUGCCUGCCUCACUGUGCUCAUCAAUCAUCAUCACUUAGCUUGGGAUAUAUACUUCGUUCACGGCACACACACACCUACACAGACAUGGCUUGCUCAUCGUCCCGUUCCACGGCCGCCGCCGGUGUGGUACUCGCAAUGGUGGUGGCCGCGUUGUGCCUCCAUGGCGCGGCGGCGCAGCUCUGCGAGGACUACUACGACGACACGUGCCCUGACGCUUACGCCAUCGUGAAGAAGGUGCUCGUCGACGCCCACAGGUCCGACGUCCGGAUCUUCGCCAGCCUCAUCCGCCUCCAUUUCCACGACUGCUUCGUCCAGGGCUGCGACGGGUCGCUGCUGCUGGACGGCGUGCCGGGGGUGAUCAACUCCGAGAAGGGGGCGCGGCCCAACAACGGCUCGGCGCGUGGUUACGAGGUGGUGGACAAGGUCAAGGCGGCGCUGGAGGACGCCUGCCACGGAGUCGUCUCCUGCGCCGACAUCCUCGCCAUCGCCGCCGAGAUCUCCGUCGAGCUGUCCGGUGGCCCGAAGUGGGGCAUCCUGCUGGGAAGACUGGACGGCCGGACGGCCAACUUCUCAAGCGCAUCCAACCUGCCAUCGCCCUUCGACAACCUCACCGUACUCGAGAAGAAGUUCAGGGACGUCCGCCUUAACACUGUCGACCUCGUCGCCCUCUCAGGGGCCCACACAUUUGGCCGGGCACAAUGCCAGUUCGUCACGGACCGGCUCUACAACUUCAGCGGGACGGGCCGGCCCGACCCAACCCUCAACUCCGGGUACCGGGCUUUCCUAACCCAAAGGUGCCCGCUGAACGGCAAUGGAUCGGUCCUGACCAACCUCGAUCCGACGACACCAGACACCUUCGACAAGAACUACUACACCAACCUUGAGGUGAACCGGGGCCUCCUCGACUCCGAUCAGAUCCUCAAGUCCGCGCCCGAGGCACAGGGCGUCACGGCACCCAUCGUCGACCAGUUUGCGAGGAGCCAGGAUGCUUUCUUCAAGAGCUUUGCACAGUCCAUGAUAAACAUGGGGAACAUCCAGCCCAUGACAGACCCCUCCGUGGGGGAAAUCCGUUGCAACUGCAGGAAGGUUAACGACAGUUAGAAAUGACUGAUCGUGUGGAUGUGUGAUGAUCAGUUAUUAGUAGAUCAGUAGUACAAGUCAAGCACCCAGCUGUUCCUGUAAUGUGCAGCUCGAUCAUUACUUAUAGUUCUUCAGUUGUUGUUCGAAAAAAAAAAGUUGUUCGAAAAAAAUAGUUCUUCAGUUUCAUAAUUGUUCAUAUAUAAAUGUGUGAAAUAAAGAGGAAACAAUUUCUCCUGUUAUUUUAUAA